AUGCCAGGAAGAUUGGAAGAGUCAACAGAGGAUAUUUUGAAUAGUUAUGGCUCAGGAAUAACUUCUAAAACCCUUAAUGAAGAAGAACUCACAACGUACUCUAUGUCAGAUGAAUCCCCUAACAAACAUGAUUUAUCAGAUUUAUAUGAUUUAUUAGAAGAUGAUUCGAUUGAAAUAAGGCGGUCAACUUCGAUAUUAGAGUCUCCAAAGUUUAAUACUAGUAGUCCUGAAAAGAACUCUCCUGGAAAGAAGUUGAGGAAUGAUUAUCAAGAUUUCAUAAAUCAAAUGAGAAGUCCUACUAAAAAGAAACAAACAACUACAACCACAACUCCCAAUCGAAAUAAUUCAACUGAAUCUACAUUUAAUUCAUAUUCUAUACGAAGCAAUACUUUUGACAACUUUGAGAGGAAUGUCGAUAAGUUUUUAAAUGAGAAUGAAAUCCAUAAAAUUCAAAAAUCACGAGCUGAAUUAUUUGAUUUAAGUGAUGAUGAUAAAACUGAAUUAGUUAUAAAAGAUACUCAUAGAGUGAUUAAUGACUUACCUAAUAAUAUAUUUGGAAAUCAAGAGAAAGAUAUCCAGUUAAAGUCAUCCAUAAAUCAGUUGAUACAGUCCAUUGAAAGUUUAAAAGUUGAGAAUAAGAAUCUUAAACGAGAUCAAGCAUUUCUUCAACAAAAGUAUAAUAAUAAGGAAUCAGCGUUUGCAAGAGUUGAGAAUGAGAAUAAGAAUUUGAUGAAUGAAAAGUUGAAGUUAGUGUCGGAGAUAGAUAGAUUAAACCGAAGAAGUGAUGAGGGAUCUAUAAAUGAAAAUGCCAAUUUAAAGAGAGAUAAUACCAUGCUUACUGAGAAGCUUAAAAAGUAUAAGAAUUUAUAUUUAAAAUCGAUAAAGGGAACAGGAGUGGAAACCAAGAUAUCGAAUUCCAAUGUGUCAAAUCCUCUUCCUGAGAUAGUGAAUCUAAAUAGACAAGAGAAGGAAGAAGCUGUUGCUGAUUCUGACGAUGUUAAUAGAGUAUUACAUCAAUUGAAGACGAUUCUUUCAGAGUACAAAGGAGAUAAUCCAAGUCGACCAAGUUCGAGCUCAUCAAGUAGUAGUCAUAUUCAUCUAAGCCAAGGACAAGAUAAUAAACCAGAGAUUUGGCAGAAUGUGAAAGAUGUAUUACAAGCAAAUAAUCAAGUAUUAAUGACGCUCGCUGAUGAAAUUGAUAAUAAAAAAGAAAAAGAGAAAGUACCAGAUGAUAAUAAGAUACUGCCUAUAGUUAUAAAAUGUUUUGUGUGUCAUCAAAGUCAAGAAGAAGAGAAAGAAAAAGAAAAUGAAGUACCAAUAAAGCCAUAUAGAAAGGGGAUUUGUAAGAGAUGUGCAACGGUGAAUUCCGAAUCUAGUCUGAGUGCACUGGACAAUGAUAAGGGUAAUACUAUCAAUGUGAUGGGAGAAUAUAAAUGGUCAAUUUAA